AUGCCGAUCUCGGCCUUCCGCCCGCUGCUACGUCAAAUCUACCCCUCGAUGUCCUCGGCUUCACGCGCAGCACCACGCUUAGCACUUAUUUCGCGGCACCUUGACCAGAGUCCCUUCCUCGAACUGAAUACUCCUUUCUCCACCGAACGUUCAGCACCGCUGGAAGCAGACGUAGAGUACCAAGCCUCCAAGCCAGCACCAUCACGAAGCACGAGCAAAGGCACCCAAACACAGCCGCCAAAGGAGCAGGAGAAGCUAGCCAAGAUGUCGAACCAGGCACCUCAUCCCGCGCUCCUGAUCCCAGGGCCCAUUGAGUUCGACGAUGCGGUCCUCAGUUCCAUGAGCCACUACAGUGAAUCCCACGUCGGCGCGCCCUUCGUAAAAACCUUCUCCGAGGCGCUCAAAAUGCUGCGCCAGCUCUUCCAAACAACCGACCCCUCCUCCCAGCCCUUUGUGAUCUCGGGCUCCGGCACGCUCGGCUGGGACCAGGUGGCGGCCAACCUGGGUGAGCCCGGGGACGAGGCGCUGGUGCUGCACACGGGCUACUUCGCCGACUCCUUCGCUGACUGCUUCGAGACGUACGGCGUCAAGGCCACGCAGCUGAAAGCGCCAAUCGGCGACCGCCCGCAGCUCGACGAGGUCGAAGCCGCGCUCAAGGAGAAGACGUACAAGAUCAUCACCGUCACGCACGUGGAUACGUCGACGGGGGUGUUGUCUGAGAUCCGGGCGCUGUCGGAGCUCGUGCACAGGGUCUCGCCGGAGACGCUGCUGGUUGUCGACGGCGUGUGCAGCGUCGGGUCCGAGGAGAUUCGGUUCGAUGACUGGGGGCUUGAUGUCGUGCUUACGGCGAGCCAGAAGGGGAUCGGGUGUCCGGCGGGCCUGUCGAUCGUCAUGGCGUCGGGGCGGGCGAUGGAGAGGUUUAAAGCGCGGAAGACGCGGCCGACGAGCUAUUUCGCGAGCUGGAAGAACUGGCUACCCAUAAUGCAAAACUACGAAGCCAACAAACCCUCCUACUUCGCAACCCCGAGCCCACAACUAAUCCACGCCCUGCACACCUCGCUCUCACAGAUCCUCUCGCGCCCGCUGGACCAGCGCUUCGCCGAGCACCGCGCCGCCUCCAAAAAGGUAAAGCAAACCGUCGCCGACCUCGGCCUGAAGCAGCUGGCCACAAAGCCGGAGAAUCAGGCGAACGGCAUGACGGCCAUCUACCUGCCCGAGGGACUUACGCCGCCCGAGAUACUGCCGAAUCUGCUGAAGAGGGGCGUGGUUUUUGCGGGCGGCCUGCACAAGGAGAUUGCGGCGAGGUAUAUCCGGUUUGGGCAUAUGGGUGUCAGUGUUGUGGAUCCGAAGAGGGACGAUAUUGACAGGGCGUGCGCCGCUUUGAAGGAAGGGCUCAGUGACGUGGGGUAUAAGAAGGCGGAAUAG